AUAUUCGCAGUUCCCUCACGGUAGUUUGGGAUGAACCGGGUGUUCCAGGCUGUGCAGAGAUCCCGCACGAGCGAGCGACGCCAGCAGCGACGCGACACGCGCAGGAAUCAUGGACGCUCCGCGCCACACCGCCCCUCUCUGAGCUCUUCGCUGUCCUCACGCCCGUGGUGCUGAAAUCAGCCUCUACCCGACAGCAAUGUAACGGCAAUGAGACAAAGACACCGGCAGCCCGACGAACAGACCGAUAAUGGACGAUGAUUUGUUUCAGUUAAGACAGCUCCCAGUGGUGAAAUUCCGGCGAACAGGUGAAAGCACGCGCUCAGAGGAUGAAUAUGGCGGCAGGGAAGAGGCUUUGCAGAUGGAUGGAGAACGGACGGAUAUGGAGUCUGUUUCCCUGGCUGAUGGUGCUCCGGUUCCUCGGGAAUUUGCUAAUCCCACUGAUGAUACAUUCAUGGUUGAGGAUGCAGUGGAAGCCAUUGGCUUUGGGAAAUUCCAGUGGAAACUAUCCAUCCUUACUGGACUUUCAUGGAUGGCCGAUGCCAUGGAGAUGAUGAUCCUCAGUAUAUUGGCCCCUCAACUGCACUGUGAGUGGGCACUGCUCAGCUGGGAAGUGGCACUGCUAACUUCGGUAGUGUUUAUUGGAAUGAUGAUCAGUUCUUCAUUAUGGGGCAAGAUAUCUGAUAAAUAUGGGAGAAAAACAGGUUUGAAGAUGAGUGUAUUUUGGACCUUGUUUUAUGGCCUCCUCAGUGCAUUUGCACCUAUAUACGGAUGGAUCCUGUUCCUCAGAGCUCUGGUGGGCUUUGGCAUUGGAGGGGCUCCACAAUCAGUAACAUUGUAUGCUGAGUUUCUCCCCAUGCGGUCCAGAGCCACUUGCAUUCUGUUGAUUGAGAUCUUCUGGGCUUUGGGUACAGUAUUUGAAGUGCUCCUGGCUAUUUUGGUGAUGCCAACCUUGGGCUGGCGCUGGCUGCUGGCCUUCUCCACCAUUCCACUCUUCAUUUUUGCUUUUCUUUGCUUUUGGCUGCCGGAGAGCGCUCGUUACGACGUCCUGAUAGGAAAUAAGGAGAAGGCUUUAAACACACUUAAACGCAUUGCUACAGAGAAUAAUGUCCCCAUGCCGCUGGGAAAACUCAUAGCAGCCAGACAGGAGGACAGGGGGAAAAUUCAAGAUCUUUUCUCUCCACACUUCCGUUUGACUACUAUUCUGCUCUGGUUCAUAUGGUUCUCGAAUGCAUUCUCAUAUUAUGGUGUGGUUUUGCUGACCACUGCACUUUUCCAGGAGGGAGGCGCCUGUGGUCGGGCGAAGGGCAGUAAAAUGGAGCCAGGUUGCAGUUUGGAGUGCAAAUAUCUGAAUUCAGAUGAUUACAAAGACCUUCUAUGGACCACGCUUUCUGAGUUUCCUGGCCUGCUGGUGACCCUGUGGGCGAUUGAUCGAUUAGGGAGAAGGAUGACUAUGGCACUGUGUUUCUUUGUCUUCUCUCUCUGCAUUGUGCCACUCUACGCCUGUGUGGGAAGGACUUCUUUGACAGUAUUUAUAUUCAUUGCAAGGGCUUUCAUUGCUGGAGGUUUCCAGGCUGCAUAUGUGUACACUCCUGAGGUUUAUCCCACAGCAACGAGGGCAUUGGGUUUGGGCACCAGCAGUGGGAUGGCUCGGGUUGGAGCACUCAUCACACCAUUUGUGGCACAGGUGAUGCUGGAAUCUUCUGUGUACCUGACUCUGUCGGUGUACUGUUGCUGCGGUCUGCUGGCUGCUAUUGCUUCCUGUGCUCUGCCCAUAGAGACCAUAGGACGAGGCCUCCAGGAGUCCAGUCACAGAGAGUGGGGUCAGGAGAUGAUGGGACGGGCCUCAGAGCACAGCCCUGGAGGGAUUCCACAUUCCAGCUCUGGAUCACAGGACUAAGGCACACUACAUGUAGGUUUGGAAAGACAUAGUAGAAGAAAGUGUUCUUAGUUUGAAGUGGGCAAUCUUUUCUGUAAAAAAAAGCAAUGUGUGUCCACAAAGGAAUAGCAGAUUUAAUGAUUUUAAGAACUGCUUGGUUUUGUCAGUCCAUUAAUGACACAUUCCUCCACCAAAGGUUGCAAGGUUUCUUUUUAUAAACCUCUGGACCAGACAAUUAGAGUGGAAUAGAUUCACAUCACAUAAUACUCCCCUUUUACCUUAUUCCACAAGGAACUACAACAGGAAAUGGGUUGAAAAUUGAUCAUGAAGUAUUACAAAUUGCAUUAUGCAGUUUAAUACAUGAAAUCACUCUCACAUGUUGUUAGGAUCUGAGGAGCAUUUGAACAACGAAAGAUUUGAACCUGAAGUCUAGAAGUUGAAAGAUAGUGCAGGAGAAUGUGUUUCUGCAACAGGUUUAGAAUGACAGUGAGAAGAAAGAGAAUGUGAUAUUAUUUUUAUUUUUUUAAGAGGGCUUUACACUUUACUCCCAGCAUUCCUUUGGAAAAGUCAUGACACACCUAAAUCUAUUAAUUGAAAGAAAGACAGGAUGCUGCUAUAAAUCAGACAUUGUGCACCAGUUUGUGGUGUUAUACUUCUUUUUUGUUUUUAAAGAACCAUUUACCAUACUUAAUUGUUAAUUGUUAUGGUUAAUUGUUAGCCAUUCAUAGUUUUAGACUUUCAUUGACACCAGUGAUGUAUCUAGUAGACACCAAAGUCUUCAUUUCACCCCACUCAGCACUUGAGAGCACCUCUCUGUCCUCUCACCGGUUGCCAACUACAGUCCCUCAUAUAAAGUGUAUAAACUCCAGUUGAUCCCUUAUAAUCAGGCAUAUCAAAUGUUAUUGGAUAAUUAUAAUCUUAAAAUACAGCUCAAUAAGAAUAAAACAAUAGCAAGUGGCUUUCAACAGUACAGGCCUCUGGGUCCAGUAUAUUUUAUGACACAUCAGCUUCCAAGCACAUUUUUCAAUCAAUGGCUUGCAUCAGAACACACAACUUGAACAUUUAGCAACAACUUGUUUUUUUUCAGCACAACCGCUCAAUUCUAUAUUCAGUUAUUUCUGAAUUUCUGAACCCAACUAAAAAGUAACGUGGGUAUGUGUGUGGCAUGAUGGGAAGUGUGCAGUUGUUCAUGUGAGUGCAGAGAGUUGCCCGUCUUUUGUGAUAUAGUGCUGUGUUUUGUGUCUGUGUGCACAGAUCUCUUGCCACUGCACUGGAUGUACAUGUAUGAUAACAAUAAAUCAUGCUUCAAGAAAA